AUGUCGGUGCCGGAGCCCGCAGGCGGCGAGGAGAUGAAGCAGGCCAAGGAGGUGGAGGACGCCGAGAAGUACUCCUUCAUGGCCACCGUCACCAAGGCCCCCAAGAAGCAAAUCCAGUUUGCAGAUGACAUGCAAGAGUUCACCAAGUUCCCAACCAAGACGGGCCGUCGGUCCUUGUCCCGCUCCAUCUCACAGUCUUCCACCGACAGCUACAGCUCCGCUGCCUCCUACACGGACAGCUCCGAUGAUGAGGUGUCCCCCCGAGAGAAACAACAAACCAACUCCAAAGGCAGCAGCAAUUUCUGUGUGAAGAACAUCAAGCAGGCAGAGUUUGGGCGCCGGGAGAUCGAGAUCGCUGAACAAGACAUGUCUGCUCUGAUUUCGCUCAGGAAGCGAGCUCAAGGGGAGAAGCCCUUGGCUGGAGCUAAAAUCGUGGGCUGUACCCACAUUACAGCACAGACUGCGGUGCUGAUCGAGACGCUGUGCGCGCUGGGAGCGCAGUGCCGCUGGUCUGCCUGUAACAUCUAUUCCACCCAGAACGAAGUGGCGGCUGCCUUGGCAGAAGCUGGUGUUGCCGUGUUUGCCUGGAAAGGGGAGUCGGAGGAUGACUUCUGGUGGUGCAUUGACCGCUGUGUUAACGUAGAUGGCUGGCAGGCCAACAUGAUCCUGGACGAUGGUGGGGACCUGACCCAUUGGGUUUAUAAGAAAUACCCCAACGUAUUCAAGAAGAUCCGAGGGAUUGUAGAGGAGAGCGUGACCGGUGUGCACAGGCUGUACCAGCUCUCCAAGGCCGGGAAGCUGUGUGUCCCAGCCAUGAACGUGAACGACUCCGUUACCAAACAGAAAUUUGACAACCUGUAUUGCUGCCGGGAAUCCAUUCUGGACGGCCUGAAGAGGACCACGGAUGUGAUGUUUGGAGGGAAGCAAGUGGUGGUUUGUGGUUAUGGGGAGGUCGGCAAGGGAUGCUGCGCCGCACUGAAAGCCCUGGGAGCGAUCGUCUACGUCACGGAGAUCGACCCCAUCUGCGCCCUCCAAGCUUGCAUGGAUGGAUUUCGGGUGGUGAAGCUGAGUGAAGUAAUCCGUCAGGUGGAUGUCGUCAUCACCUGCACAGGAAACAAGAACGUCGUGACCAGGGAACACCUGGAUCGGAUGAAGAACAGCUGCAUCGUGUGCAACAUGGGCCACUCCAACACCGAGAUCGAUGUGACCAGCCUCCGGACCCCGGAGCUGACCUGGGAGCGGGUCCGCUCCCAAGUGGACCACGUCAUCUGGCCGGAUGGCAAGCGGGUGGUGCUGCUGGCCGAGGGCCGUCUUCUCAACCUGAGCUGCUCCACGGUUCCCACCUUCGUUCUCUCCAUCACUGCCACCACUCAGGCUCUGGCUCUGAUUGAGCUCUACAACGCUCCCGAGGGCCGUUACAAACAGGACGUGUACCUGCUGCCGAAGAAGAUGGACGAGUACGUUGCCAGCUUGCAUCUGCCUUCCUUUGAUGCCCACCUGACAGAACUGACGGAUGAUCAGGCAAAAUACCUGGGACUCAACAAAAACGGGCCUUUCAAACCCAAUUACUACAGAUACUGACGGACCAUUCCCAUGAAGGACCAGACCACACAAGGCAACAUUAGAGAGAUUAUUUUUAAAGAUCGUUUUAUUUUGGUUUACCUUUUUCUUUCCUUUUUUUUUUUUUUUAAACCGACAAAGGAACCUGUUUUUACAUUUAUCAGUGUGAUUUUAAGGUCACUUUUUUUUUUCCCCUCAGUUUCACCUUUUUACGUGAUCACAUCUCUGUCUGAUCUUGGCAGACAACCUGGGAUUCGCUUCUUGCUUUCAUGUGGCUGAAGCCGCUGGUGGCUCCCAGCCCUGGCUCCCGGAGAGGGUUUCCCUUUCCUGAUGUGCCAAGGGCAGCUCAUUCCUGCAGCGAUGUUUGGGUUUUUUUCACCUUUCCAGCCUGCGUUAGUCUCGGCCGGGAUCCCUGCAGAAGAUAUGGAGAUGCUCUUCUACCUUAUCUUAUGUUUCUUUCUUUGUGUGGAUUAUCUGCAACUUCUAAAUUGCCUUAAAGAGCCCAGUUUUAGCUGCUAGAUCAAUGCUCCUAGCGCAGCUUGGGAGCAGAGUGGCGCCUGCUGGCCACCUCGCGAAUAGGUGACUGUCCCCAAGCUCGGCCAAGGUCCCUGCGCCAAGGUGGCCCAGGUUUGGUGGCCGCUGGCCCAGGUUUGGUGGCCAGCCGUGUACGGGGGAGUUCACUGUUUCAGGGUGCUAAUCUGAAUUUGGACGGGGGUCGCUUACCCAGCAUUAUCCUCAUCUCUCCUAGGUUUUUUAGCCAAACUGCACCUUAAUUGAGUUAAAAACUUUCUGUUUGUUUGUUUGUUUUUUCCUCUUUUCCUUUUUGAUCCUUAAAGAGAUGUUCUAAAGCAGGGGGGAAGCAUUGGGGAUGCAGUUGCCUGCCGAGUCCGGGUGCUUGCUGCAUCUGAGCGGCCCCAUCUCCCACUGAGAAGCACGGGGCGGUUCUAAGGGUGUCUGGGGCUUUUUUUGGGGUGUUUCACUUUUUGUUCUGAGACGGACGCAGAGAUGAGCCUUCCCCGUACCUCAGCCUGGGCCCUCUGCACCGCAGACCCCUGCGCAAAGCCCUCAGCUCCCCAUGGCUGCCCCGGCCCUCGAGCUGGGCUUUCUCAGCUCUUCCCUGCCCUCUCGCAGCGUGUUUCAGCCGCUCUCAUCGCCUCGUUCAUCCCCUUCCCCAUCCUCGCUGGUGACAUGUUUCUCUUUUCCAUCUCUUGCAGCUUGUCCUGGGACGGGGGAAGCUCCUUGCAACCCAGUGAGCUUUCUCUUGGCUUUUUUAUCCUCCCCAAAUUGCCUCUUUCUUCCCCCAGCCAAGGCCAGAGCAGGGAGGGGAGGAGGACCCCCGCUGCCUGCCCUGCCUGCAUCUCCCGGUACACGGAUAAUGGAGAUGCUGUGGUACCUGUGACCGGGGCUGCUCCUUCGCCUCCGGCCACCCUGUCCCCCGCACCGGGGAUGCCUUUUCAGUGCCGCCUGGCUGGGUCGCUCCCCGGGGCUUUGCAGGGUUGGGGGUGCCACUUCCCCGGGGGGUGCAAAGCUCCUUCGUGGGGACAGGAGGAAGACGGGAGGGAUGCUCGUGGCUUUGGUCGCCCUCCUCUUUUCCUCUCUGCCUCCUUGUCCUUUGACUGUUCCUCUUUCUCAGCCUGCCCGGUCUCCUCCUGGACUGUCGCUGGGUCUCUCGCUCUCCCCACAGAUUUUGGGGAUCACCUGCCUCGCAGGGUCCCCUCCACCAUCCCUCAAACUUCUCCCGGGACUCACGCCUGGCUCAGUGAGCGUCUGCAGGGAGGGAGCGAGAGCGUCCCCCCUUUCCCCUGUGGGGGACCCACACCGGGACCCCUCUGCUUGGGGGUC